AUGGCCUCUGAAGAACUUACUGGUCUCUCAAACAGCUUUGUACGCCAGAAUUCCACCAGUGGCAUUUCUCUAGACUUUGAACCUGACGCUGACUACCGCUUCGUUGAAACCUUAGAAGAACGGUACAAAUGUGCCUAUUGCCACUUAGUCCUUCACAAUCCUCACCAGACAGGAUGUGGUCACAGAUUUUGCCAGCAUUGUAUUAUUUCUCUGAGAGAAUUGAAUGCAGUACCCACCUGUCCUGUAGACAAAGAAACAAUAAAAGUGCAGGAGGUGUUCAAAGACAAUUGCUGUAAAAGAGAAGUUCUCAACUUGCAAGUAUUUUGCAAAAAUGUUCCUGAAUGCAAUUCAAAAAUAAUUCUGGGACGAUAUCAGGUUAGUAUUAAAGUGAUGGUGUUUUGUUGUUGCAUGGCACAGGAUCACCUGCAGCAAUGCUUAUUUGAAAGUGUUCGGUGCACUAAUGGUGAAUGUCGUGAUCAAAUUCUUCGGAAAGAUUUAAAAGAUCACCUAAGUCUGCACUGUAAAUUUCGAGAAGAAAUAUGCCAGUACUGUAAUCAAUAUGUGGUUUCAAUUAAUUUAAAGAACCAUGAGAAAAAUGAGUGUCCUGAUUUUCCUGUGCCUUGUCUCCACAAAUGUUCUCAGAUCAUUCUGAAAAAGGAGAUGGAUAAGCACUUCUCUGUGUGUCCUGAGGCAGAAGUAGAUUGUCCCUAUAAACAAUAUGGCUGUCCUGUACAGAUUAAAAGAGGAAAGCUUGCAGAACAUGAGAAUGCUGCUCUGAGGGAACACAUGCUGCAAAUUUUAGACAAGAAUUCCAAACUGGAAGAACAGAUAUCCGACCUAUAUAAGAGUUUGGAAUUUAAAGAGAUUAAAAUCCAACAGCUAGCAGACACAGUUAAAAAGUGUGAAAAGGAUUUCAGACAGUUUGCACAGCUGCUUGGUAAAAACAGCAAUUUGAUGGUAAACACCCAGACUCUUGCCAGUCAUAUUGAUAAAUCUGCAUGGCUGGAAACACAAGUGAGGCAGCUAAUACAAAUGUCAAACCAGCAGCAAAGUAAAUUUGACCUGAGGCCACUGCUGGAGACUAUUGAAAAUAUAAAGCAGAAGAUUGCCUUUAUGGAGACAUAUGAUCAGCGUUUAGUUGUUUUGGAAGGCCAGUCCACCGAACAUGAUGUCCACAUCAGUAUUCACAAAGCACAGCUCAAUAAAAACGAAGAGCGGUUUAAGCUUUUGGAGGGCACAUGUUACAAUGGAAAACUAAUCUGGAAAAUCAUGGACUACAAGAUGAAGAAAAAAGAAGCCUUGGAAGGCCGCAUUGUCUCUAUAUUUAGCCAGCCUUUUUAUACCAGCCGCUGUGGGUACAGAUUAUGUGCAAGAGCAUAUUUGAAUGGGGAUGGCUCAGGAAAAGGGACGCACGUCUCCCUGUACUUCGUAGUGAUGAGAGGGGAGUUUGACUCGUUGCUACCAUGGCCUUUCAAGCAAAAAGUUACACUUAUGCUUCUGGACCAAAGUGGGAAAAAAAAUCACAUUGUGGAAGUCUUCAGAGCCGACCCUAACAGCAGCAGUUUCAAAAGGCCAGAUGGAGAGAUGAAUAUUGCCUCUGGAUGCCCAAGGUUUGUGGCGCACACUGUGCUGGAGAAUGCAAAGAACACUUAUGUCAAAGAUGACACUUUGUUCAUGAAAGUUGUUGUGGAUUUAACUGACCUAGAGGAAUUAUGAAGUACCUGGAAGACAUGACUGUUUUAAUUAUAAAGAAAUGCUUUCUCUCGGUUACUAUUGGCCAGUCUCAUACAACAGUGAAUUGCCACUAGUCCAACUAUAUUUUUGACUGCAUAAUAGCUACUGAGUUGCCAAAGCACCAACCUUUCUUUCUUUUUUAUUUUUUCGAUACUGUAUUUAGGGGAUUCAUAAGUCCAGUUUGAUGGUGUGAACCAGAUCAAUGUAUUCAAACCAGUAUUUUGACUCUGUUCAAUAUAUUUUGGCAGUGAAUGCUUGGCUCACAUCUCAAGACUGGCGUUUUAAGAUGAAACUACAGUAGGCCCUUUGGAACCCAGGCAAGUUUGUGGUUCCAGUCACUUAUAAACAUCAAUAGGGCUCUCAUCACAGUGGUGUCUAGGUGCAUUUCUUGUGGUUUUGCGAGGGAAUCAUUUCAACACUGCCUGAAUAUGAAGAGAUUAAUCCUGAUCCCAGCAGCAACCUGACUUUUAAAAACCAAGGGAGAAAAGCUGAGCCAGGUAGGAAAAACCUAGCCAGGAAUUUUAGAGCUCCUAGUUAUUGGAAAGUCUGGAUGAAGAUGUCUUGUAGUUCUGGCCUGCUUACUCAGCUGUGCUGAGCACCCGCAAAUCCCAGUGAUGUCAUUAGUGUCCCCUAUGUUCCUGCUCGGUGCUUCGGGCCAGAUCCCGAUUUCUGAUGAGCAUCCCCAGUCCCCAUUAGAAGUCAAUGGAAGCUGCUGGUGCUUAUUGCCUCCCAAGAUAUGGUCAUUAUUGGGGUUCUCAGCCCAUCUACUAACCUACAAGAGUAGUUGAGUCCACUGCUGGAAGGCAGGGGCAAAAGCUCUGAAACUUUUGCUCCUCUGCUGCCUGUGGAGUAUUUUUUUUUGUGGCUUAGCUGCCCUGCAGUGGCUCAGAACUUUGGAAAACUGCACUUGAAGGGUUCCUGCUAACAUGCAACAUUCUCCAAAGAUGGAGAAAAGAGUAUGUGUAUGUGGAAGCAUUGCUUUAAAUUAGGGCUGUUGGCUAAUCACAGUUAACUCAUGCGAUUAACUCAAAAAAAUUAAUUGCGAUGAAAAAAAUUAAUCACCAU